UUUUAGCAAUAAUCAAACAGCUGAAAAGCAAUAAUCAAACAGCUGAAAAGAAUCAUAACAAGCAAUAUAUAAUAGUAUGAACAGCAAUUUCGAAAAUGACUUAACUUGCUCCAUUUGUUUGGAUAUUGCUGAUAAUGCUGUUGAAACUAAAUGCUGCAAUCAUAUAUUUUGCGAAAAUUGCGUGAAGUUUUUAAGUUUUUGCCCAUUAUGUUGGGCACUUCCAUUUUCAUUUAACAAUUCAUUUUUAGCGAGACGGUUAAUUGGAAACCUAACAAAAAAAUGUCCAAACGAGGGCUGUGGAAAAGAUGUGCCUAGAUCUGAAUUUUCUAAACACGAACUGUUAUGCGAGUUUUCAAUUUUUAAAUGCUAUAUACCAACUUGCAAUUUUAAAUCAACAAAAAAUGACUUAAUGAAUCAUUUAUUAACUUGUCAUAGUAAUUCUGUUAUUAAGAUAUUGGAAGAGUAUUACUCUACAAAUUCAUCCAAUCAGAUCAAUGUAUAUGAAGAGCCCAAUAACUCUCAUAAUUUUAUUAGUACGAAAAUUAACUCAAGGGGUAGACAAGCUAGGCUUGGUGCAACGGGAAAGUAUUAUUGCUUAGGAGGACUUGAUCCAACAUUAAAUUGUAAAUGCUGUAAUGGAGUAUGUGGUCCAACCAGUGGGUGUAACUGUACUUCUUGCAUGGCCCUAGAUAUCCGUACUCGUAAACUUCCUUAUGGUUGGUAUGUUAAUAAAGAAGGAUUUCCUUGUAUAAAAGGAGAAGGUGGAAUAUUUUAUUGCGGCAGAAAAAUGGACUUAUUUUUUUCAGAUGGCUACUGCGGCCCGUAUAAUGGUCCAAACUGUUUGUCUUGUCAAAUUAUUGGAUCCGAAGAAAGUGCUUAUCAAGAGGCUCUAUUAAACUUACCUAAUAGUUUUUCUUUAGGAGCUUUGCCAGUUUUUUGUUUGCGUAAGUAAUGUUUUUUAAAAUGUUAAAAUGUAAAAGGUAUUUAUAAUAUAGGUUGUAUAUAGAAUUAAGUUUUCUGUCGCCUUAUUAAACUUCAAUGAAUUACAGCUGCUGUUUUUUUAUUA